UUUGAUGAAUAAAGUUAACAUUCAUUCAAAAAAUGAUUUAAACAUAGCGCACCUAUGUACCAAAUGGCUUUAGAUAAAUAACUAACAUGACUUAAAGACAGUUAAACUGCGUUAUGAUUUCUAAUAAUACACAUUGGAAAAUGGUGGGGGCAAAUGAAAAAGACAGUCAUGUGAACGUCUCUUUCUUUUUAGCUGUCCUCUUGAGUCCUGCUUUAUCCUUAUUCCCUACCAUUGUUAUUCACUACCCCUUUCAUAUUCUUCCCAUUCUUUUUUUGAAUUUUCUUACUUUUUCUUACAAAUUCAAAUCUUGUUCAUGUAUUAUUCCCUGAAAAAAAAUAAAUGUAACCUACACAGAAUUAAAAAUGAUUUAUUCUAGAAAAAUCCAAGAUGGCGACCUCUUUUUCUUUACAUAUAUGCGAUUCUUAUGACACACAGCUUGCAAUUUUAGCUUUUUGCUUUAUUCGUUCUAGAAAGAUAACAUUUCUCACUAACGUAUUUUAUUUUAUUUGCUACAAAUAGUUACCUCAAGCGUGUUAAAUAUAUACACAUUUAUCUCUUUUUUCCUUUCAUUGUGAACCACCAUAUGCAUUGAUAAUUUGAUAUCAUCCAACUAACAACGAGAGAUAUAUUGAUAAUACUGGUUAUUGAUAAUUCGUCUGUGAAAAUUUGGAUAAAAAUGAAUUUACAUCACAUGCAUCAACUAGAGUCAACGAUAAACUUAUUAAGCAAACAAAUGUCUGAAUCGUACCAUAUCAAACACAAACCCAAAUAUAUGAUAAAACAUGAAAACUAAUGGCUCGAGAAAAAAUGAAAGUAAAUUACACAAACACGACGCUGGCCAAUUUAAUAAUAAUCUCAAACUAGGAGCAAAUGAGCUGCAACAAGGAACGAAAUUGCUACGACGUCGUUUCUUACAUUGAAUGCUCCGGAAUCUGGAGAGGCCAUUGCCGGUGGCAUGGGUCCCGGAGAAGGAGAAGAAUCCAUUCCCGGCAUCAUCGGUGGCGAAGCCAUAUCAGGGACUGUUUCUGGACUUGGGGCCAUAGUAGUUGGUGGGCUCAUUGGACUUGAAGAUGGAGUCAUUGGCAUCGGAGCCAUGGGCAUUGGUGGUGGAGUCAUAGGCAUAGGUGGUGGAGCCAUAGCCAUAGGUGGUGGAGUCAUCAUUGGCAUAGGUGGUGGAGUCAUCAUUGGCAUAGGUGGUGGAGUCAUCAUUGGCAUUGGAGAGCCGCCGCUAGGCAUUGGCGGCAUGGACAUGGAGCCAGAAGGAGCCAUCAUGGGAGAUUGAGCUAAAGAGAAAUGAACUAAAACCAUAGACAAUGUGAGCAAAAGGAAAGCUUGUGAAGAAGAGGCCAUGGUUAUGUGUGUGUUUGUGUUGUGAAUAGUGGUUUAUGUCAAGUAAUAUAUAGAGAAAAA